AUGCCCUCGCCGGCAAUAGAUGUCGCGUCGCUGGACGAAAUCUUGCGAAUUUUCCGCGCCUUCGACGCGCAGCUUUUCGCCGGCUAUGCGGGUUACUCCGGCCUGAUGGACGAAGAGCGCGGAGAGUUUAGAGGGGGGAGAGCAGAGGGGGGAGAGCAGAGGGGUGAGCGCAGAGGGGGGAGUGCAGAGGGGGAAGCGCAGAGGGGGGAGCGCAGAGGGGGGAGCGCAGAGGGGGGAAUGCAGAGGGGGGAGCGCAGAGGGGGGGGGCGCAGAGGGGGGAGCGCAGAGGGGGGAAUGCAGAGGGGGGAGCGCAGAGGGGGGAGUGCAGAGGGGGGAGUGCAGAGGGGGGAGUGCAGAGGGGGGAGUGCACCAGGGGGGAGUGCACCAGGGGGGAUUUACCCCAUGCCACCAUUCGAGUGGUCGAUCAGCUCACAGCAACCCCCCUUCCCUUCCCUUCCCUUCCCUUCCCUUCCCUUCCCUUCCCUUCCCUUCCCUUCCUUUCUACCAUCCAUCCGUGCACCCCCCUCUCCCCCCUGCACACCCACCUCUUCUCGUGCAUCUCCCCCCAUCCGUGCAUCAGACCAUUCGAGUGGUGGAUCGGCUCACAGCAACCCCCCUUCCCUUCCCUUCUACCAUCCAUCAGUGCAACCCCCCUCUCUUCCCUGCGCACCCACCUCUUCUCGUGCAGUGCAUCUCCCCUUAUCUCUGCAUCAGACCAUUCGAGUGGUCGAUCAGCUCACAGCAGUCGCGGCUGAAAUCGCUUCUUUCUCCAAGGCAUGUUUUUCCCCCUCUCCCCUACCCCUGCCUUUUCUUUCCCCCUCUUUCCCUUCCCUCCCCUUCCCUCUCCUACCCACACCUUACCUACCAUCCCCUCCCCGUCCCUCCCCUUCCCCCCACUUCCUCUUUCUCCUUCUCCUCACGUUUUCCCUAAGAGUCGACUCAAAAGGCACGUUCCCUCCCUUCUCCCAUCGCGUCCUCUUUCUCUCCCACCCCUCUCCCUCUGCCGUCCUUCUCGAAGUCACGCUUGCUUCUCCCCUCCCGCGAGCGUUGAGGUGCAUUUUGAGGCGCCUCAAAAUGCACCUCUCCCUCUUCCAUCCUUCUCAAAGUCACGCUUGCUUCUCCCCUCCCCUCGCCACAUCUCCACUUCCUUCCCGUUACAAUCCCCUACCCCCCCACACUUUUCCUCUCUCUCCUUCCCGCUUUUCCAAGGCAUGCUGCCCUUUCCCCUCCCCUCCUCUUUCCCCUUUUCCUUCUAAUAUGCUCUCCAUCCCAUGCUGCCAUUUCCCCUCCCUCUUCCUCAUCCCCUCCCUCUUCCUCAUCCCCUCCCUCUCUCAUGGUCCAAAUCACCCACGAUCGAUUGAUGUUCAUCCCUGGGUGAGCCUGCCCGGCUUUUGA